AUGUCCCCAGGAAACGAAUACAUCAGAAAAGAGAUUACGGAUCUGUGUGGGAAGACCAUGAAGCUGGCCGCUACCGAGAUGAAGUCUGCUGUUCUGUUGGAAUGCAACCGACUCGACGAGCCACUGCGCGACUGCAAGUGGACCGUGACCACCGCCGUGGCGAACCAGUCAGUCGUUGUCAGUUACAUCUCUCACACCCUUCGAACCAGCCUCUUUUCCGAGAUAUGCAUCGACUACGUGAAGGUCAGCCGUGGGAAUCACACGUCGGUUACGGUCUGCGGCAACACGAAGAACGUCGAGGUGCAUCAGAACAGCGUGAGCUUCACGCUCCACCUGAAUCCUACUUGGGCGAUGGAGGUGACUCGCAGCCCUGUGUCACUGUACAUCACAGCUGGCUCUCUCCCCAGGAUCUUUUAG